AUCUAUAUAUGCAUCACCAUCCUUCAUCAAUCAUCAAUCUGUGAUUCCUAGCCUGCAACUUUGCAUUACAAUCAACAGCAAGUGAACACCUCCGCUGAAUCUCUCUCCAAGCAUCAGCUUGAGAAAAAGCUUGAAUCUUUGAGCAAAAUGGGCAGUCUUGAAGAGGAGAAGACCACCACAGGUUGGGCCGCAAGAGACCCAUCUGGCGUUCUUUCUCCUUACACUUACGACCUCAGGAGCACAGGCCCAGAAGAUGUUUACGUCAAAGUCUUGUUCUGUGGGAUUUGCCACACAGACAUUCACCAGGCCAAGAACGAUCUUGGCAUGUCCCACUACCCCAUGGUUCCUGGGCAUGAGGUGGUGGGUGAGGUUCUGGAGGUGGGAUCAGAUGUGACCAAGUACAGAGUUGGUGACCGAGUUGGGGUUGGUAUAGUGGUUGGGUGCUGCAGAAACUGUGGCCCUUGCAAAUCGGACCUGGAGCAAUACUGCAACAAGAAGAUUUGGAAUUACAACGACGUUUACACGGAUGGCAAGCCCACUCAAGGUGGUUUUGCCGGUGAGAUGGUGGUUGACCAAAAGUUUGUGGUGAAAAUCCCAGACGGGUUGGAAUUGGAGCAGGCAGCGCCGCUGCUGUGCGCCGGCGUGACCGUGUACAGCCCUCUGGUGCACUUCGGGCUCAAGCAAGGUGGGCUGAGAGGAGGGAUAUUGGGGCUUGGAGGGGUUGGUCACAUGGGGGUGAAGAUAGCCAAGGCCAUGGGACACCAUGUGACUGUGAUAAGCUCUUCUGAUAAGAAGAGAAAGGAGGCAUUGGAGCACCUGGGCGCCGAUGCUUACCUAGUGAGCUCUGAUGAGAAUGGAAUGAAAGAGGCUGCCGAUGCGCUCGACUACAUUAUCGAUACCGUUCCCGUGGUUCACCCUCUCGAGCCUUACCUGGCCUUGUUGAAGCUCGAUGGGAAGCUGAUCUUGACGGGUGUCAUCAACGCUCCUCUUCAAUUUGUCAGUCCCAUGGUUAUGCUUGGGAGGAAGUCAAUCACAGGGAGUUUCAUAGGGAGCACCAAGGAAACAGAGGAGAUGCUUGAGUUCUGCAAAGACAAGGGAUUGACUUCCGAGAUCGAGGUGGUCAAGAUGGAUUACAUCAACAAGGCGCUAGAGAGGCUCGAGAAGAAUGAUGUCAGAUACAGGUUCGUCGUGGACGUCGCGGGAAGCAAGCUCGAUUAAUACGGACGCUGAGCCCUGCAUCUAUUUUCCUCUUUUUGUUUCACACUUUUGCCACAUUAGACGCGAAAUCAGUGUGCUCAUCUCUAUAUUUGAGCUCCUCAUACCCUCUUGUCAUGGUUUGCUGCCCUGAAAGUAAUUGUUUCCUUCCGUCUUUGUAAUGAGCUAUGAACAACCUGGCUUCUUGUGUAUCCGAUGAAGGUGUCGGGGGAUUUUAUCACUUAUGAAUUGACUAUUGGGAUUUUGGA